UGGCCCGGCCGACGCCACCAGUAAAGUUUGUACCGCGGAGCGGGCCGGUCGCUUUGUCGGCGGCGUCUGCUAUUCGAGGGAUCCUCGGCGUCCCUUUUCCGCCAGCCGACUGCCCGAGGUAAGGCUCGGGGCGGCCACCAGCAUGACCAUCAUUGUGUUCCUGGUGGACACGAGCGCUUCGAUGAACCAGCGCACUUACUUGGGCGCCCGGCUGUCCGUGCUGGACGUCGCGAAGGACGCGGUCGAGCGCUUCAUCAAGAUUCGCCAGCGGGACUCGGCCAGUCGUGGCGAUCGCUACAUGCUGCUCACUUUCGAGGAACCACCGGCCAACAUCAAGGCUGGCUGGAAGGAGAACCACGCGACGUUCAUGGCCGAGCUGAAGAACCUGCAAGCUUCUGGACUGACGACAUUGGGUCCGGCUCUUAAGAACGCUUUCGAUUUGCUGAACAUAAACCGCAUGCAGACGGGCAUUGACACGUACGGCCAGGGCCGAUGCCCCUUCUACCUUGAACCGUCCGUGCUUGUGGUCAUCACAGACGGCAACCGACUCACCUCUUCCGCCGGUGUCCACGAAGAACUGACACUACCAAUGCACUCGGCUGUCCCUGGGUCUGAGCUGACAAAGGAACCGUUUCGCUGGGACCAACGCAUGUUUGCACUUGUGUUAAGAAUGGCUGGGACACAAGCACCCUCACAGGAUGUGCCACUGACAUCUGACGCAUCACCCAUUGAUGACAUGUGUGAAGUAACGGGAGGUCGCUCCUUCUGCGUGAGUUCGCAUCGGCUCUUAGUGCAGAGUUUGGAAGCCCUGGUGGCCAAGGUGCAGGGAGGUGUGGUCAUCAACUUUGAGCGUGCUGCCGAGGAUGUCUGGGAGCCCAGCUGGCAGAGUUGUCGUCGACUCAUCUACGUGCAACGCUCAGCCCAGAAGGGCUACUCAGUGGGCCACUGGCCUCUUCCGGAGGCCUUUUGGCCAGACUUGAACUCGCCUUCACUUCCUCCACGCAGUGCGCACCCUCAGGUGCGUGUAAGCGGUUCACCAAGCGAACCCCUUCUGCUGGACAACUUACCAUUUGACAAGUACGAGCUGGAGCCGUCACCGUUGACCCAGGCCAUCCUGGGGCGCAAGCAGCCUCAGGUGGCGUUUGCCGUCUCGGUGGCCGGAGCGGCGCCUCAGAGGGGUGGCAGUGCCUUUGGCUACCUCAAGGCUAGCUCAAGCCUGGCAUGCGUAAACCUGUUUGUGCUUCCGUACAAUUACACUGUGCUGCUGCCACUGCUGGACGAGCUGUUUCGUGUGCAUCGGUGCAAGCCACCGCGUGAGUGGAAGUUGCAGUUUGAUGCUUACCUCAAGGGCAUGCCACUGUACUAUGCUGGGCCGCUGAAGCGUGCUCUGCAGCGUAUGGGCGCACCCAACCUGGUGCCAGACUCGAUGGAGAAUUGCCUCAGUUACACCGUGCUCAACUACCUCAAGCGCCUUAAAAACCAGGCGAAGGCCGAAUACGAGAAAGUGGUGAGUGCAGUGGGUGGGCCCAAGACGGGCCUGGGUGCCGAAGGUGUGCGGGUGAGCCCCGGAGUUCCGCGGCCAUCAACGGGUGAGGUGGCAAAGCUGUCCGAGCUGGCGCUCAGCUGGAAUCCCGCCUUACGCGAGCGCCUGCAAGGCUUGCGCCAAGAGCUCAGCGACUUUUCGGGCUUUGCACUGGCACCAGCACCACCACGGCCCCCCGACACGGCCGAGGCACCUCCAAGAAAUCCUUUUGAUAUCAGUCGUGCCUCUCUGCUCCAUCAGGUAGCACGGAUGCGGGCACGCUAUCUACACCCCGGCACUAUCACACGGUUGCAGGAUGCUGAGCAAUUGCACAAUCUUCCUGUGAGCCAAAUGGGUAAUUACCAAGAAUACCUUAAGCGAAUGCCCACACCAUUGCGGGAAAUUGAAUCUACACCUGUACGGCAGCACAUGUUUGGCAACCCAUUCAAGAUUGAAAAGCGCAUGAUGGUGGAUGAAGCGGACUUGGACCCGGCUGCCAGCCAGGCACGAGGGCACAAACGACCUGCAGCCGAGGCUCCUGGGGGACCCAGGGCUAAACGGCGGCCUGGACCUCUGCCUCGGAACUUCACUCGUAGCAGAAGUCCCAUGCCAAGUCCUCCUUCUACUCCCGAGCCGGCCACUGCCAAACGGAGCCCACCCAGGGCAGAGGAGGAGACAAGUAAUGGCUGGGCACCUAACGAACCAGCCUCUUGGGAGGACAGAAAUGGCCAGGUGGCUCCACCGUGGCGUGACAAUGGUCUUAUCAGGGGCUGCCUGCUCAAGGAAGUCAGGAAGCCUGGCAGAAACUUUGAGCGUCUCUUUGAGCUGCUGGGCCUAGUGCAGGGAGGCCUGGAAACACAGGUGUGCAUGGUGCGCCAUGUGAUCCACGAAGCGGGACGUUUCAAGCGCCGCCUGCUCAUGCAGAUGCUGCAGGACUUUGAGCAGCGGCUGGUUGAUGCAGCUGCCUUUCCGUCAGCUUAGUAGCAUGUUUGGCACACGACAGUCUGUUUUACGCGCUUUUAUUUUGAUCACAAGAGGAUGCUCAGCCAGGCCAGGAUGAGCACCGUGCCACCAAAGGGGGCACCGUACUUGACCGAUGGGUUGCCCGUCAGGGCGUAUGCGUAGCACGAGCCACAGAAAAGGCCCAUGCCCACCAAGAGGAGACUGCCCACCUGCAAACGAAAAUCAAGUUACUGAAUUGGGUUUAGGCAGUUUAUGAAGUUGUUUUGUUACUAUUUCAAUUGCCUUUGUGCACGCCAGUGUCUGCUUUGCAAGUACUGUACAAAACGAGUUCUGAAAUUGGGCCAACUCAGAAAGCGACAGAAUGUGCUUGUUGUUGAGUACUCUCUGAAAGACAUGGCUGUGAACUUGCCACUAUCAUCACUUAUGGCUUAUUUUUCUGGUCUCUCUGUAUGUCCUUCAGUUCAAGUUUUUGGGGGGGUUAUUUCAUGUUUACCUUCUCUGCCCUGUCCAUGAGCUCUGACAUUUUUCUUUGUGAUAGUUGCAACGCAAUGCAAAGUGGCUGGACACUGCACACCAACGACACAAUAGACCAGAAUUUUCUAUCUGCAAUGUUUAGUCGCAUUCAUUAAUGCAUAAAUUAGUUUUUGUCACCAGUUCAGUACCAGUAAAAUCAGUUGCAAUUUCUCUUCUUUUUUCAUGAUGGCUCAUCAGGAAGUGAACCCAGUCUAGGGUCCACAUUUUUCAGCAAUAACGGUCAUGACCAGCAGCUGAUUCAACCAGUUUCUGCAAUGAAAGUGACUUCUCAGUUCAGUCGUAACUAUUUAAAAGCAGUCAGUGAUGUUUUCAAGGAUAAGAGUGUGACAUUUCCGUACACAUCAUGGUGUCCCACAGUCCUUGAGAACAAUUUCCUUUUACGGAUGUGAAGACUACAGUUAUAGUACUUUUGAUCAUAAACUGCAUAUUCAGUUAGCAUUGAGUGGUCUAGCGGUGAGAUGCAAUGACAGUUUUAAUAUAAGGAAAAACAGUGUACCAGACAAGUCACUGUGGUAUGCUUUGUCUUUUCAGUCUUCAGCAGUUUAGUUUAAUGUAUGUGUACUCCUGUCUUUCCUAUUUAACAGUGUGUGCAGUGUUUUUUGCUACUGUUCCCAUCCAGAAGCAACCUGCCCAUCUAAAGUGCCCGGUUAUGUAAAUAUUAUAUGUUCCCCAGCUCUCUUGCUAUGUGCUCUUAUUUGUACAGCUGCAUUAUCACCAGUAUAUUUCAUUUUUAUAAGAUGGGAAGGAAGUUGCUGGUUGAAAUAACUUUGGCCAGGCAUACAAAGCAUGGGGUUUCCAUUGUACAGCGCACAUGCACUGCCUUUCAUGGGGGCACUCUCAUUGCCAUCUCUGUACUUACUGGGUUGAUGACUGCUUACUUUUUGUAUAUAGCAGCGUCAUUGGGUUUGAGUAGGUCUCAUAUAUUUCUGUUUCCUCACUCAAGAUAGCUGUACAUAAGAGGCUGCUAACAAUCAUUAUGUCUUCAGCAGCAAGGCCAAGAACGAAUUGUGUCAUGUACAAAGUAUAUAAACAUCAAUGUGUGCCUAUGUGUCAUUUCAUCAGA